AUGGCAGACCCUGAACUUGACUUUACCACCGGAGAGUCUGGUGCCUCCGCCACCAUUCCUAUGCAGUGCUCUGCCCUGCGAAAGAAUGGUCACGUGGUGCUAAAGGGACGCCCCUGUAAGAUUGUGGAAAUGUCCACCUCCAAGACCGGAAAGCACGGACACGCCAAGGUAGGGGAUUGACUAGACGCAUGCAAAUACUACACGCCCUAGGGAUGCCUCUGCUAGAUAGUGGAAAUGUCCAGCAGCGUCAGUAUUCGGGAAUUUGCGGGGUACAGACUUUAGGUGUACAUGCAUUGUCCACAUCUGAAGUAAUUGACCCAUACAUGCUUUGUCUGUAUUCUCCAAGCAUAACUUUUGACUCAUCAAAUUAGGUUUUACUUAACUUGUUAUGACUAUGUUAUUAGUGGUGUGGUAAAACUCUGUUCUCUAAGUUGACGUUUAUCCCUCUCCUUCCUCUUUUAGGUCAACAUGGUGGGCAUUGACAUCUUCACCAACAAGAAGUAUGAGGACAUGUGCCCCUCUACCCACAACAUGGAUGUGCCCCACAUCAAGAGGAAUGAGUUCCAGGUCAGUGUGACCAGGGUGGGAAAUGAACACCUGCCUAAUGCGGGUAGAUUUUGGCGUUGGCGGGAUGUCUUAUUUUACCAGCCACGUUGGCGACUGGUCACAUUUACGUCAUUUAGCAGACGCUCUUAACCAGAGCAACUUACAAAUUGGUGCAUUCACCUUAUGAUAGCCAGUGGGACAACCACUUUACAAUUUAAAAAAUAUAUAUUUUUCUAAUUGUUUAAUUUGAGUGUGUAUAUAUAUUUAUUAAAAGCCUAAAUGUAGAAAUUGGUCGAAUUCACCUGAAAGGCUGUUAGUGGGACUUUGUCUUUGCGUUUCUUGGCUAGUUGCAUUAGAGGAGAUUCUCAACUCUGAUGGACACAGUGCAUGACCAUGGUAAUGGCCCUCCCCUCAAAAGGGGGCAGCUGAACAUUUGUCUAACCUUGUGACUCAAAUAUUUGGGGGAUACAUUGUGCUUGAGCAUGGAACAUUCAAAAUGUAUGCAUUACCUUUAGGCAUUUCUUAUUGAAACACUUAAUUGCAUUGUGCACCUACAUUUGAUUUGUGCUCCUAAAUAUCAAGUUACUUUGACAUUUUAGUCAUUUAGCAGAUGCUCUUUUCCAGAGCGACUUACAGUUAGUGAAUACAUCUUUUUUUUUAUACUGCCCCCCCCCCCCGUGGGAAUUGAACCCACAACCCUGGCGUUGCAAACGCCAUGCUCUAUCAACUGAGCCACAUCCCUGCCGGCCAUUCCCUCCCCUACCCUGGACGACGCUGGGCCAAUUGUGCGCCGCCCAUGAGUCUCCCGGUCGCGGCCGGCUGCGACAGAGCCUGGAUUCGAACCAGGAUCUCCAGUGGCACAGUUAGCACUGCGAUGCAGUGCCUUAGACCACUGCGCCACUCAGUUAUGUACUAAUGUCAGCGUUAGAGCCCUGAACUAAUUGUAAAACCUGAUCACUCAGCAUUUUGUGGCAGGGAAGGCACUUUGAUGUUCAGUUGUAGAACUGUCCAUUUAACUUACUAUUAUUUAUUUUAGCAUUAGUUAAAACACUGGGAUCAAAAUGAAAUUGAAUUGAGCUAUACACCUCAUUACUACUUAAUACUUGUUUUUGAAACAUUACAAAGCAUGCUCUUAUUUUUUUGGGGUGUAAUUAUGCCUAAAUAUUUUGGCUGGUAAAUUGGCGUGGACCAAAAAGUUCAUUUCCUACCCAGUGUGACCUCACUUCCUGUCAGUGCACAUUUUGGUUUUUGCCCUAGACGGCUGACUCAAAUAACCAACUCAUCAAGCUUGGAUUUUUUAAGUCGGCUGUGUAGUGCUAUGGCAAAAGGUGCACUGGGGGCAAGGACAGAGUUUGGGAAACCAAUGCCCUAUGUCACAAGGGUUCUCUUAUCCAACUUGUUCCCACAUCAUUGGAAUGAUACCAGUUGACUACGUACUAAUUCAGUAAUGACUAAUUCACAUUCUAUCAGGACACUAUUUUCCAAGAGACUAGCAAAUCCACUCAACACUGUUCUGUCAAUCCAACCGCCGUCAUAAAUCUAGACGCUCUCCUAGAAGGCUGCCUGUGUAGUUCUGUAGUUGGGCAGGUCAGUUUUCAGCGUGUGUGUGGAGUAGUGAGAAAAGCUCUACACGCUCGCAGCCUGGCCUGCGUUCACCUGUGAGGUGGCGCAACACUAUUGGCCAGUUCCUCCCACCAAGGUCAUAUGGUCUGGAUCUCCUAGGCAUGAUGUCAUCCUUGUCCAGGGAGCUUGUAUUCAGUGAGCUGUACUGCUCUGAUAGUUGUUGCUAAGGCAUUGAGAAGUUACUGUCCACAACCCUUUGUUUACUGACAUGUUGACAUACUUUGUUACAUUACCUGGGGGUAGACUUAUGCCACAAAGAGGGAUCAAAUGCGCUGGUGUGUUAGGGCUUAAGCCUGGUCAGUUGGGUGACUCAUAGUCUCACUCAUUCUCGGUACAUAAUUCAACUGCCUUGGGAGUAAUGCUGUUGUGCUGAUCACAAUGGCUUGUUUCUCUUUCUGGGAACCAUGUGUGCACAGCUUUGGUUCCUCUGCCCUGUCAGCACUGGCCCCUAUGUCAGCCAACCUGUUUUUUUAAACACAUUUGAUCACAUUACAUUUAACUUUGAAUUGUAUAUUUGGCAUUUGAGGGUUCCCCUGUUAACGCAUGACGAUCACCCAGCACUGUGCCAAUACCCGUGGCAUGAGUGUGAAUGGUUCUUGCUACAGAGAUCUCUUUGGAGAUGGCUGUUACACCAGAGUGAUCAGAUCACAAACAUCUGAUGUGAUGGCUAACAAAACAAAUGCACAACUCACACUUUCUCUAACAUGCCCAUCUCAUUUCCUUCUCAUCUGCACAGCAUGACUGAAAUGAAGACUACCUGGAGCGUGCUUUGUGUCUGACUGUAGAUGUAACCUGUUUGUUUCCAGCUAUUGAACAUCACUGAUGGGUUCAUGUCCCUCAUGGGUGACAAUGGAGACGUGAGGGAGGACCUGCGUGUGCCUGAUUCAGACCUGGGCAAGGAGAUAGAGCAGAAGUUUGCUGCUGGUGAGGAUAUCCUGGUGAGUGUGGCUGGCAGUGUGUUGGCUGGGGUGUUGUGAAGCUUGACAGUUUAUUUUUGUUAGUGGCGCCUACGAAGAAUAUUAACCAUCUCUCUGCCUGCAGGUCUCUGUGCUGGCCGCUAUGGGGGAGGAGUGUGCUGUGGCCGUUAAGCAGAUGACCGGCGGCAAAUAG